AUGCUCACGACUAUGAUGAAGAAUGUUGAGAAGCAUUGCGAUGAUCGCAUUAUGCUUACGCAACGCGAUCAUGUUGAGUGGACGAAGCGCGAAGAAGAUGAUGCUGAGCCUCUAGUCACAACCAAAAGAGCCAAGAACGGGUUCGACGGAAACGUCGACCUGUAUCUAUUUGAUUACGUUAUCCAGUUUGCAGGUACUACUACCUGGGACCCUAGUGUCCAUGUCACGGAUGCGCUGCCCGACACUUUCGCACGGGAUUGGUCACCCAGAGUGCACCACCACAACAGUGGUCCCUUUAUCCAUCGCAAUCCGGAAAAUGCUAUUUUCACGACUGCCGACUUACCCGAGCUUAUGGCUCUACGACCAGUCGCAAGUGUAAACCUCACAACAAGGUCCGUUACGCCACAGAAAGCGGACGAGGUUGCACUUCGUGGAUACUACGGGGACUUUGUCGGUCACUUUGACCGGGAGAUCACCUUAGAAUCCAUGUACAUUGAUGAACCAAUCUUCACCACUAAGUGGAGGGAGGCCAUGGUAAUGGUCUACCGGAACGACCCCGUUCCAAUGGUACCAAAAGUAUAUGCCUUGAUCGAGCCAACGGCGUUGGGGGAUAGAGAGCCAGAGUUCCCAUUGGCUCUGUAG